UGACGUGACAUAUUGGUGUCGACAUAACCUCGAUCUCAAAAAUCUAAACAAAUGAGUUGUCAACAACGUAUGCCACUAAAAUGGUAAAACACAGGCCAAAGAAGAAAUACGAUUACAAAAAUUUAAAUGGCAAAGACAAUGGAAGUGAUAGUGGCGAGGAGACGGAGUUGUUUGUAGUUAAUAAGCCACAGAGAAUAGAAUUUCCAACAAUAGACAAAGCUGUAGAAGAAGGGGACACUUUGCAGGCUAUAGCAAUUAAAUAUCAUUGUUCGGUAGCUCAAUUGAAACGAAUAAACAAUUUCCUUAACGAGAAUGAAAUAUUUGCUAAAAGAGUGAUAAAAGUACCACACAGACCUUUUACUUCGGCCCUAGCUAGUGUUCAUAUUAGCGGUGAUAGCUCACCCGAUGUCAAUGAAGCAGUUUCUACCAGUAAUCUAAUAGACAUAGAAUCUUUAAGUUCGAAAUUAACAGAAACUUUGAAUACUCCAAAAGAAGAGAAUCAAGUUAACGAAAUCAUUUUUAAUAGUCAAAUUAUACCAAAUCAAGUCAGUGUAACAAAUCCUCGGGUGCCUGAAGCAAGCUGUGAUGAGAGAACUAAUUUACUCGUAGAAGAUGUUGGUACAUCUACAGAAAGUGAUCCAGUUAUCUCCCUAAUCAGUUGUAAUGGAGCCGAUGCAGACAUAUCAUGGAAGGUCCUUCUAGCAUGUAUAGUAAUUGUGAUUGUUGCUCUACCAGUAGUAUAUGUAUUUUAUAUAGCAGAACAUCCGGAAUCUUACCAUCAUCAUCAUCAUACAUCAUGAUGCUUAAUUCAAUAUUUUCUCGAACUUUUAAAUUAGAUCUUAUGUAGAUUAUUUAUAUUAUAAGAGAUGAUUUUUAUAGAGUAUUUAUGAGUAUUAUAUUGAAAUUAUUAAGUAUUUUUUCACAAUCAAUGUUGAAUAUAAAUUUAUAAUACCAGAUUAUAGAUUAGAUAUUCUGUAAACGAAUCAAAAUGUGCUUCCAAAUAACAUAAUAAUCUUGAUAAACUAUUUGUACUAGAAAACCAGACUGUUGGUUGUGAUAUUAAGAUGUAAAUGUAAAUAGUAUUUAUUUUAAUAUAUUGUUGAAUCAUCGAUAAAAAAGAAUAAUUUGUUUCGAAUGUUUACAUUUAUAAAGGAUUUUAUUGGUUUUUUAGACAUUGUAAAUUAGGUGCAGAGUUUUACGUUUCUAAUUAAAAUAUAAUAUAAUAAAAUACUGUUGUAAUCAUUAACCACAUUACAUAUGCACAUAAGUGCAAUAUUGUAGAAAGAGUGAAUAUUGUGGGAAUGCAACUUUCUCACUCUAACCAUUAUUAUUUUAAUAAUCUUUGUUUGUUCAACUCAUUGAAUUGAUUAUAUUGUAAACAUAUUUGCUAAUAUAAAUUUCAUGAAUUUGAAUUUUUUUAUUUGAGCAAACUAAAAAAAACGAAAAUAUCCAAUAUUAAACUCAUUAAACAUUUGUGGGUUACCGCUAUGACAAUGUUUUGCGUAUAAUUUAGGGAUUUACUUGCUGAUAAAAAUAU